AAUGCGUAAACACGUGCGACUGUGUAUGUACAUGGAUGCUGAAACGUCAGAAUAGUCGAUUUUAAGUUACAUUUUGAGUAACAAAAUUAACCAGUAACAUUCUGCAAAGUAUACUGUUUGUACGCACGUUGCGUACCAUUUUAUUUCGUACGAUGGGGAAACGAAAAGCUAAUGAUAAUGUUGGAAAUCCAAAUCAAGAUUUGUGCGAUUUUUUAAUCGAAUUGGCAAAUUACGAACGAAAUGUCAGCAAAAAUAUUUUUAAGUACAAUGCAUAUCGCAAAGCAGUUGGCACUUUGAGUAGUUUACCAGAAAGGGUAAAAAGUGGAAAAGAGGCAAGAAAGUUACCUGGGAUUGGUGAAAAAAUUGCUAAAAAAAUAGACGAGUUUCUUAGUACUGGAAAGUUACAAAAAUUGGAAAAUAUCAACAAAGAUGAAAGUAAUGUUGCCAUUAAUUUGUUAACUCGUGUAUCUGGUAUUGGGCCAGCAAAAGCAAAGGAAUUAGUGGAUGCUGGCAUUAAGACCUUGGAUGAUUUAAAAAAGCAUCAGAAUAAACUCAAUCAUCAUCAAAAAAUUGGCCUUAAAUACUUUGAAGAUUUUGAAAACAAAAUUCCCAGGAAAGAAAUUGGGGAAACUGAAAAAUUUAUAAAAGAUGUUGUUACAGAAUUGAGCAAUGAAUAUAUUGUAACUGUUUGUGGAAGUUAUAGACGUGGAAAAGAGGAGAGUGGAGAUAUUGAUGUUUUAUUAACACAUCCCACAUAUACUUCAAAAGAGAAGGAAUCCAAGAAAAAAAUUUCAGGCCUGAAGAAAGUUGUGGAAUGUCUUGAAAAAAAGAAGAUGAUCGUGGAUACAAUAUCUCUUGGGAUAACCAAAUUCAUGGGUGUAUGUCAAGUUCCAGGCGAAGAUAGAAAACCGUUUAGGAGACUUGACAUUAGAUUGGUACCUUACGAUCAGUAUUAUUGCGCUGUAAUUUAUUUCACCGGAAAUGAUCUUUUCAAUAAAAAUAUGAGAGCCCAUGCCUUGGAAAAGAACUAUACUUUAAAUGAGUACACGCUAAAGCGUCUUACACCUGAAGGAACUCCGGGAGAGGCAAAAAAGAUCACAUGCGAAGAAGAUAUUUUCCGAAUCUUAGAAUUGCCAUACAAGGAACCAAAGGAUCGAAAUUCAUAAACAACGAAACUUAUUCAUUAUUAAACAUAAAACAAGAUUAAAAUAUU